UCUCGUUCCACUUUAGGAUGGUAUAUCAUGCCACCACGUAAUCUUGUACCGUUGGACGGACUCGUGAUUAGUGACCGACCUUUGUUCCUUCCCGGUUUUGUGUGUGAUCAUUCAAACGAUACGCUGCUCCCGAUUUUGAGCAGCAGGCAGCUGUCAGUCAAUUGAAAUAUACGGAUACAAGUAUACCGGUGCUGUGGAGCAAAAGAGAAAAGAUGCGUCGAGCUAUGAUCAACUGUAAUCAGGUGCAGACCGAGGUGGUGUCGGAGGGGCGUUGGAUAGAGGAAGACCGGCUACCGGAUUCCAGCAAGCAUGUAGUUCUCGUCAUUCCCGGGAAUCCAGGUAUUCCGCGAUUUUACGAAACCUUCGUCAAGACGCUCAAUUCGAGAUUAACGUCGGACGUACCUGUGUGGAUCAUCGGGCAUGCUGGACACGUUCAGCCACCACAGAACCUGGACAUUGCUAUGCCUGGCGACCAGAAAUGGGCAGAGUGCUAUAGUCUGACAGCGCAGAUUCAACAUAAGGCUGAAUUUAUACUAAAAUACAUUCCAGAGGAUGUGCAUUUACAUCUCAUUGGGCAUUCCAUAGGUGCCUGGAUGGUACUCAAUUUGCUUAAAAACAACGACAUUAAUAAAAGAAUACAAAGGUGCUAUUUAUUAUUUCCAACAAUAGAGUACAUGGCGGAGUCUCGCAAUGGAAUGUUCUUUAACACUUUUGUAUCACGUGUUGCACCAGUUUUGAUUUUCCUGUCUUGGAUCUUUACCUCAAUGUUCCCAGUAACUCUACAAACGUUUAUGAUACGUGGUUUUGGUAUGUUUUACGGCAUCCCAGCCAGAUGCGUCAGAGCGGUUCGAGAAAUGCUGCAUCCGUGGUCGUUGAGUAGAGUAAUUAAGCUUGCCAGGGAGGAAAUGAAAUUUGUAAAGGAAGCUGAUCAUGAGACUAUAUCGAAACAUGCCGAUAAACUUUGGUUUUACUACGGUUCCCGUGAUGGUUGGGUACCAGUAAAAUAUUAUCAAAACUUAAUAUUGAAACAUCCUGACUUAAAUGCUCAAUUAUGCCAGCGUGGCUUUCAACAUUCGUUUGUGUUGAGGGAUGAUGUAGACAUGGGACACAUCGUCGGCGAUCUCAUCAACGAAGACUUGAGUCGUAUGAAUUAAUGUAUUAUUAUAAAUUAUUUCUGGCAUUUCUUUUGGUGCUAAAUAUUUUUUUAUGCUUUUGCAUGUGGAAAGGUUGAUUAUGUUAUUACUGUUUAUGUUAUUGUUUUUAUUAUAACAUUUUUAGUUAUACUUUAUUCUAUCAUUUUUUAUAUUAUAUUUUUUACAAGAAUGUAUCAAUAAUAUAAUGACUAUAAUCAAAUAUAAAAUGUGAACACAGAGUGUGAGCAAAGACAAUGGACUUUUUAUUAAAAUUGUUAACUUUAUAUAAUAAAUUAUUAUAAACAUUUUGUAUAA